CCUCCUUCACUCCUCCCAUCACAUGUCUGUCUUUAUCUCACAGACACAAACACAAACAGAUCAUUCAAACUUUUAUUUUUUAAACAUGUUUCCCGCCUGAAACGCUGCGUCACUUUCCCGUUAACCCGUCCGGUCCGACCCGUCGUCCUGCCGGUUGAGCUUCACGGUUAAUAAUUGAUUUAUUUAUAAAUGUAUAAUCGGUUCAAAGGACACGUUCAGUCAAAGUGCCGCCCUGUUCACUUUAACUGAUUUCAGUCCGACUGUUUCAGCCCGAACCGGAGCACCGACCGAGACCGAGACCGAGACCGAGCCACCGACCGAGCCCGAGCCCGGAGAUGAACGCCAGCAGCGGAGCCCGCGGCGGGAAGAGCUUCCUGUUCACCUCCGAGUCCGUCGGAGAAGGACACGCCGAUAAAAUGUGUGAUCAGAUCAGUGAUGCUGUGCUCGAUGCGUAUCUGAGUCAAGACCCCGACUCUAAAGUGGCUUGUGAGUGUGUGACGAAGACCGGCAUGGUGUUACUGGUCGGAGAAGUGACCUCUAAGGCCAAAGUGGAUCUGCAGUCGGUGGUCCGAGACACCGUCAAGGCGAUCGGCUACGAUAGGUCUUCCAAAGGUUUCGACUAUAAGACCUGCAACGUGCUGUUAGCGCUGGAGCCGCAGUGCUUGGAGAUAUCGGACUGCGUGUUCGAAGGCCGGGAUCAGGAGGACAUCGGAGCCGGAGACCAGGGUUUGAUGUUCGGCUACGCCACGGACGAGACGGAGGAGUGUAUGCCGUUAACCAUCCUGCUGGCUCACAAAAUCAACUACAGGAUGAAAGAGCUGUCACGCAACGGAGAGUGUCCGUGGAUACUACCGGACUCCAAAUCACAAGUCACAGUGGAGUAUCGAGACAACAUGGGAGCCAUGGAGCCCCUUCGUGUCCACACUGUGGUCAUCUCAGUCCAACACACUCCUGAAAUCACCCUGCAGGAGAUCAGACACAAUCUGAUGGAGAAGGUGGUGAAGGUCAUCAUUCCCGCCAAGUACUUAGACGACAGGACCAUCUACCAUUUACUGCCGAGCGGGAAGUUCCUCCUCGGAGGCCCACAGAGCGACGCCGGACUCACGGGACGUAAAAUCAUCGUGGACACGUACGGAGGAUGGGGUGGACAUGGCGGUGGAGCUUUCUCCGGGAAAGAUUCCUCCAAAGUGGAUCGGUCCGGAGCGUACGCCGCUCGCUGGGUCGCCAAGUCUCUGGUGAAAGCCGGACUGUGCAGGAGAGCGCUCGUACAGAUCUCUUACGCCAUCGGCGUCAGCCAUCCUCUCUCCAUCUCAGUGUUUCACUACGGCACGUCGAGCAGGGACGAAGACGAGCUGCUGCGGAUCGUACAGAAGAACUUUGACCUCCGACCCGGGGUCAUCGUGAAAGAGCUCGGCUUGAAGAGGCCGAUUUACCAGGCCACCGCCUGCUACGGUCACUUCGGCAGAGACGAGUUCCCCUGGGAGAAACCGAAGCCUCUGGUGAUCUGAGCCUGGAGGUCCGACACAUUCCUGUCAUGAAACAAAGAAGAAGAAGAAUACCUGUUGAAGGCAGAAAGCGUACCUGUUAGAUUUUUUAUUUUGAUUUAUAACUCCAGCUGAGGUUCUCCUGUGUUUAAAAGAUGUUUUUUUAAUUAUGCAAUCAAUGUGAGAAACUGUCAAACGUAUAAAGAUCAUGGACUUUGGUAAUAUGUAAUAAAUCAUGGUGAU